AUGAAACAUACUCCAGGUGCCAAAUCUUACUCUUCGCUGAAUGGCAAUGAAUUUCUGCCCAUGGGAUCCGAGUCAUCGUAUACAUCUAACGACUCCCAUAACUUUGAAAGAGCUUCAAGGAACUACGAGGUUGGUGAAGCUAAUCAAUUUAUCUAUGGACCUCAAGUCCCUCUCCGAGUCCAACCUGUUGACCUUAAUCUGUCCAAGGUGAUGACUCAAGCACCACAUACGAACGCUGCUAGACCACUCCUGGAAAUUAAAAGCAAACAGGCUGAUCAAACAUAUGCAUAUGGUGGGCAUGGAUUCCCUCUGUCUGAAAACUCGAUAGCUAUGCAACCAACUCCCAGAUGGGAUGGGGCCAAAGUUUCACAUUCAGACUUAAAGAGAAGCCAAGUUGUACCGAAUGGCCAACGUAUGGACGACGAGGCAGAUGAAGAAGAAGUAGAAGAAGAUGAUGAUGAGAGUGAAGAGGAAGAAGAAGACGAAGACGAAGACGAAGAAGAUGAGAGUGAAGAGGACGAGAGCGACGAUUGUUCAUAUACUUCUGAAUCGUCCCAAUUGAGAACUGCAAAGCAACAUCCUUACUACGAGGAAUGGAAGCAAUACUAUGCCCAGUUAGCAAUGCAACAACAACAGCAACAACAACAACACCAAGGCAUAUCGCAAAGAAGCUCCUACCCCGAUAAUAUAGAGCACCCAGCACAGUGCAGAGGAAUUGCACGCGCGGGUUAUGCUCCCAACCUCUCCCAUAGUCACCAGAGCCAAAGAGGUACCCGGCAGUCUUCAGACAUGUCGAUAUCAACAAAUCAAAGCUCUUCUGUAGAGAGCAGAGAGAUAUCUCGCCGACCAUCUAUGAAAAAUGAUUUCAUCAGCUCGUUCAAUCUGAGACAGAGUUCUUAUAAAGCAAGUAAGCUCUUGCAAAAAACCAGGCAUUCGGCAGCAAAGUCUAAGAGAUAUCCUAGUCUUCCAUCUCUGAUAUCGGAGAGUGAAGUAUCCGGGUAUCCCAACCGUAGAGUAAGCUCGUUGGAUGUGAAUUUUAAGCCAGAUAUCAAAUCGGCCUCUGAAACGGGACCAACUUAUCGAUUUAAUUCGCCUGAUAAUAAUGAUAAGACUCUAGAGGGUUCAAGUAACAACAGUUCAUUUUUGCAAGAUUAUUACGGAGCAUCUAAUGAAUCCGUCGAAGUUGAUAAGGAGAGAGUCGGGUCUGUUUCGUAUAGAUUGUCUGAUCUUAAAUUAGAACAACUCCCAGAAGAGAGACAUAUUUCUGACUACAAUAGAUAUUUUUUUGAAGAACCUGAAUCUGAAAAAGAAGAUAAUACUAUCCUUCCUGAUAGGGGAUCUGAAACUAGUGGAGACAUCAAGGGAUCGCAAGAUUCAAACUCCAAAAGUUCAUCUAACGAUCUUAUUGAGAGAGAAUCUUCGAGUAAAUUUCAAGUAGACUCGGCUGAAUCAUUCGAAGACAAUUCUGGAAAUAGGAAAUCGACUGCGGUACCUAAUUUCUUUGAUUAUUCUCAAAAAAGAAAUGUUGAAGUUGCAGAAAGACGCCGAAAGAAAAUGACAAGAAGCUUUUACUCAACAAGUGCAUUGGACACCGCCAAUAGAGCAUCAAUGGCGGCUCCUCUAGGGGUAUGGAAUCAAGGACAGCCCCUGCCAAAUUCGCAGGCUUUUGGACAGGGUCCAAACUAUGGCGUGAGUGGCUAUUUUACCAAGAGAAAUAGACAAAGUAUUGCUACUGUUGACGAUAAAAGGAUGUCAUUGGGGUUCAAUCAAAUGAAUUCGUAUGAUUUGGGCUCAAAGCCACUUCCAGCACCAUUAUCUAUGCCAGCGAUGAUAAAUGACAGUCUAAGCAACCAAAAGGUUAUCAAUUUUCUAAAGCUUCGUCAAGCAAUUGCUGACGGGAAGAAAUCUUACGAAUAUAGGUUGAGAUGGGCUAAAAUGUUAAUGGAAGCUAUCAACUAUAGGCUCUAUUCAUACAUUGAUAUUAAGGGCCAAAGAAUACUCACUGAGAAAACUAAUAUGAACAAGGGAUUGUUCGUCAAAUCUGCUAUGAACCAUAUAUCUAAAUUGUUAAGAGAUUGUGAAUCUAAUAAAAUCGAAAACGAUCUUGCAGUAGAGAUAUAUUACGUCUAUGCAUGUUUGUUGAAACAUGACUAUGUCAACAAAUUUUAUCAGGAUUACAACAUUCAAAAGGAUGUUCCAUUAGCUGAGGAAUAUUUUAAGAAAUGUCUCGAUUUAAAUUCAAGCGAUUUCAAAAGCUUGUAUAAGCUUGGCGAACUUUACGAGUACGAAUACGAUUUUGAUGGACAAUUUGACACCGCUCUAGACUAUUACAAGACAUCAGCCAAAAUCGGCUACAAUAAAGCUAUCUAUAAGAUAGCUUUAUUAUAUUUAAAUGUGUCGAAGGUUCGAUCUCUCAAGUUCUUCAAAUAUCUCUCUCAACUCUCAAACAUCGAGCCAAAACAAGCACAUUUAGACCAGGAAGACCAAGAAGAACUUCAGGAAGUAGUGGGACUUGCUUCAUAUGAAUUGGGAAAAAUAUAUGAAGGUGUUUAUCCAGGUGAUUUAACGGGCGAUGAUCCUUUCGUUCAAAGAGCCCUAGAAAUGGCCCCUGUUAAUUAUGGUAGAAGCUUGACUUGCUAUAACAAGGCAGCGAAAAUGAACUGCUUGUUAGCUCAAGUGAAGUUGGGGACUAUAUAUGAAUAUGGUGAUUUAAACAGGCAGCGGAAUCCAAGCAAGUCAAUAGUUUGGUACUUGAAAGCCUCGUGUUCUCCUUUGCCCUUCAAAAGACAUCCUGAUGCAAUGCUAGGUUUGAGCAGAUGGUACUUAGUCGACACCAAUAAAGAAUCAAAAUACAUUCCAAAACCUGACCCGAAGAAAGCUGAAAUGUGGUGUGAAAGGGCCCUUAAAGAAUUUGACAUACCGGAAGCAUAUUUUCAAAUGGGUUAUUUGGCUGAAAUAGGAAUAGUGAAAAGCGAUCCAAAAGAAUGGUAUGACAAGGCUCAAGAACUCCACCAUCCAGGUGCUACAUCUAAAUUGGUGUGA